GCCGCGGCUGCCCGCGUAUCCUCCCUGAUCUGCUGUCGCCUGCGCUCCCGACUCGGCGCCUCGGGAGGGAGCGGUCAGCGGGACCGCAUAGUGUCCGUGGGAUUUGAGGCCGGGCUGCUGCGGCCGCCUCCUUCUGGUGCCUGGGCCGCCCUGAUUAAGCGGGGCCGGGGCACGGCCGGUUGACCGGCCCCGGGGAGUCGAGAUCGCUGGAGGCGAAGGCGGAGGCGCACGUCUGGAGAUCUCCCCGGACCGGGAGGAGGCCGAGGGGAUCAUGUCCGGGAGGAACCUCCACCUCUCCACCACCGAACGCGUCAUCAAAGCUGUCCCCUUUCCUCCGACCCAGCGGCUUACUUUGAAGGAAGUAUUUGAGAAUGGGAAACCUAAAAUUGAUGUUUUGAAAAACCAUUUGGUGAAGGAAGGGCGACUGGAAGAGGAAGUAGCCUUAAAAAUAAUCAAUGAUGGGGCUGCCAUACUGAGACAAGAGAAGACUAUGAUAGAAGUAGACGCUCCAAUCACGGUAUGUGGUGACAUUCAUGGACAGUUCUUUGACCUGAUGAAGUUGUUUGAAGUUGGAGGGUCGCCUAGUAAUACACGCUACCUCUUUCUGGGUGACUAUGUGGACAGAGGUUAUUUCAGUAUAGAGUGUGUGCUGUAUUUAUGGAGUUUAAAGAUCAAUCAUCCUAAAACAUUGUUUCUGCUUCGAGGAAAUCAUGAAUGCAGGCAUCUUACAGAAUAUUUUACCUUCAAACAGGAAUGUCGAAUCAAAUAUUCUGAACAGGUGUACGAUGCAUGUAUGGAAACAUUUGACUGUCUUCCUCUUGCUGCCCUCUUAAACCAGCAGUUUCUGUGUGUACAUGGAGGAAUGUCACCUGAAAUUACCUGUUUAGAUGACAUUCGGAAAUUAGACAGGUUUAAAGAACCUCCAGCCUUUGGGCCAGUGUGUGACCUGCUUUGGUCUGAUCCCUCCGAGGAUUAUGGCAGUGAAAAGACCUUGGAACACUAUACCCACAACACUGUCCGAGGGUGUUCUUAUUUUUACAGUUACCCUGCAGUUUGUGAAUUUCUGCAGAACAAUAAUUUGCUCUCAAUAAUCAGAGCCCAUGAAGCCCAAGAUGCCGGGUACCGAAUGUAUAGGAAGAGCCAAACGACGGGCUUUCCAUCACUCAUUACGAUUUUCUCUGCACCCAAUUACCUCGAUGUCUAUAACAACAAAGCUGCUGUGUUAAAAUAUGAAAACAACGUCAUGAAUAUCAGGCAGUUUAACUGUUCUCCACACCCUUACUGGCUUCCAAACUUCAUGGAUGUUUUCACGUGGUCUUUGCCAUUUGUUGGGGAAAAAGUCACAGAGAUGCUGGUUAACAUUCUCAACAUAUGCUCUGAUGAUGAAUUGAUUUCCGAUGAUGAACUUGAAGGAGGCACUACAGUUCGCAAGGAGAUCAUCAAGAAUAAAAUCAGAGCUAUUGGGAAGAUGGCACGGGUCUUUUCAAUUCUUCGGGAAGAGAGUGAGAGCGUGCUAACUCUCAAGGGCCUGACUCCUACGGGGACACUCCCUCUGGGUGUCCUCUCAGGAGGAAAGCAGACCAUUGAGACAGCCACAGUAGAAGCGGUAGAGGCCCGGGAAGCCAUCAGAGGGUUUUCGCUUCAGCACAGGAUCCGGAGUUUUGAAGAAGCCCGAGGUCUGGACCGAAUUAAUGAGCGGAUGCCACCCCGCAAAGAUAGCCAGUACUUUGAUGGGCCGGUGAAACUGGUCCAAGCCAACGCUACGCACAGGAGCGACAAGGGAAGAAGAGCCAGUAAUGACUCAGAGUCCUGUGGUGGCACUGGUGGAUCCAAGACCUAAUCGUCCAUUUAUUUAUUUGACUUAAAAAUUAUCGGAAAGCUAAACACAAACAACUUAAACAACUUAAACUUGGAGGUGCAUUCAAAAUACACUCUGCAUUUACUCUGUAAGAAACGUGACCCUUUUAUAAAUUCUUUUAAUUUAUGUUUAAUAUAUAUGUAAAAUGCAUCUGUUUUGUUUUCCCUUUUUUUCCCCCCCUCUAAUUUUUAGGAACUGAUCUGAUUGUCUGACACAUAGUGAAGUCGUGUGUUAUAAAGGGGACUGUCCCGAAAUAAAAGGGCCUUGGAAACCUCUUCCCUGGCUUUCUGACUUGAA